AUGUCACAGUACUCGGGAAAAAUAGUCUUUUACGAGGGGCGAUGCUUCACGGGGAAGUGUCUGGAGGUAUACGGUGAGUGUGAUAACUUCCAGGACUGGGGCUUCAUGAACCGCGUGAACUCCAUCCGCGUGGAGAGCGGUGCCUGGAUCUGUUACGACCACCCAGACUUCCGAGGACAGCAGUACAUCCUGGAGAGAGGCGAGUACCCAGAAUUCCAGCGCUGGAAUGCCCACAAUGACCACAUGGGCUCCUGCAGGACUGUUCGGAUGCAUGGUGAGCGCUACAGAAUUGAGCUCCACGAAGGCAACAAUUUCUCCGGCCGCUGCACGGAGUUCUGUGAGGACUGCCCCUUCCUGCAAGGCCGCGGAUUCAGCAGUGACUGUGUCAAUUCCCUCCGCGUCUAUGGCGAUGGCGCAUGGGUACUGUAUGAGGAGCCAAACUACCGAGGCCGAAUGUACAUCGUGGAGAGGGGGAAUUACUGUGAUUUUGGCGAGUGGCAUGCCCAGAACCCCCACAUCCAGUCCAUCCGACGAGUUGUCAACUACUUUUAAGCAGCGUAGGCUCAAGUUGAUCGAUCAUUUCAGUGGACAUGAAUAAAACCCAACAUUAUAUUUUAUCACACUGAUAUAUAUUUUGUUUGUGUUUAUAAGAAGGGGACAACAUUUUUUCUUCCAAUUAAAUCUGGCGUUCGGUUUGUUUUUGAAGUUGGAUGGGAAGUUGAUCCAGCAAUACAGAAGGCGGGUAGAUCUGAAAUGGUUUCCCUCCGCAGUCCAAAACCAUGCAGUCAAGUUAAGCGAGGUUCAUGAUGAGUAAAGUGUGUGUGUGUGUGUGUGUGCCGUGCGAUGGACUGACAUCCCACCCAGGGUGCACGCUGCCAUUUUCACUGAGCUUCAUGGAAUAGAUUGCAACCCCCCCCCCAAUCAAUCCUGCACCCCAUCCUCAGGGACAAAACCGAAAAAUGAAGAACAUCAAAUACCUGGUGCAGGUGUGCUGGGAACUGGGAGGGAGCAGAAAUGGGUGCUGUCUGGGUGGGGGGGGGGGUCCCUUGAGGACCGGGCUGGGACACACUGCUUUACUGGAUAAGCAGCUGGAAGACGGACGGUGGUAUUGUUGAAAAUAAAAUGUUAUAAGGAGAUUAUGGGAUGCUGACCACAACAGAAGUUCCUACAGUUCAUAUGCGAAAUAACCUAGAAACAUAAACCCCUUACAAAUGAAUGCAACUGAAAAUCACAUGGAGUGGCUCACUGGACAGCACUGGUGGGUGGUACCCCCAGGACUGGGGGUUGGAACCCUGCCUCUGCUCAGUGUCUGUGGAGAUUGUUUGUCCAGGAUUCCUACUGUGCUGAUAAGACAUGGGAGCUG